GAUGAAUUUAAACAUGGAAAGCCUUAUAGUAAAGGUCAUUAUGGAGCGAUUUGCCAAUAUUGUACUCAAGGAAGAUGGCAAUGUAGAAAGCCUGCUAUAAUGGAAUCAUACUUGGCAUUACAUUGCAAAGGUGAUAUUCGUCCUGUUCCUGAUAAUGUAAGGCAAAAAUGGCUAAUUUAUGUAGCUAAACGGAAUGAAAAAACUAAAGAUAAUGAUGAUAGUGAUAAUGAAAGCUUAUUAUCUAAAAGAUCCAAAACUUCACAUACUGAUUUUAACCUAUUUGAGCCUAUAUCAAAUGAGCGAAAUCAUGAACUUAAUAAAGCUUUAAUUAAAGCUUUUGUUUGUGCAGAAAUAUCAUUUUCCGUUAUCAAUAAUCCAUUUGUUCGAGAUCUUUUUAAAUUAAUGGUGUCGGGCUAUACUCCUCCAGGAAGAUUAACAUUAGCUAGUAAUAUAUUUGAUGAAGAAGCUGCUCGAGUAACAGUACGAGUUGGUA